AUGUUGGCUCUAUCACCUCCUCUGUAUUCUUCUACUAAUGGGUGGGCUCAAGAAGAACAUAUGAUGAGCCAAGGCCAGAAUACAUGGACAGGGAAAGAUCCUCUCUUGAAUUACAAUUUUGGAGAAACACAAGGUUUUGAAUCUUCAUCUUCUCAAUUCCCUUCAUUGCAACCUCAAAUGGAGUCUAUUCCUUCAAGUGCUAUCAGUAAUGAUCAAGCUUCAAUUAAGAAAUUGAAUCAUAACGCCAGCGAACGCGAUCGCCGAAAGAAAUUAAACAGUAUUUAUGCUUCUCUUAGAGCAACACUUCCAGGAGUUGAUCAAACGAGACAAUUAAGUAUUCCGGCGACAAUUUCUCGUGCUCUUAAAUACAUUCCUGAGUUGCAGAACCAAGUUGAGAAGUUGAAACAGAGGAAACAAGAAAUCUUAUCUUGUGUAUAUAAGAAAGGAAAUAGAAAUGGAAUGGAUAAUCAAAGUAAAGGGAUUGUAAGAAAAUCGAUACCGAGUGUUUCGGUUAGUCAGAUUGAUGAAAAACAAGUUAUGAUUCAGAUAUGUGCAUCUAAGAAUAUGAGAAGUACACUGUCUGAAGUUUUGCUUGAUUUGGAGGAAGAGGGUCUUGAAAUUUUUAAUGUUUCAUCUUCUGCUUCAUCAGGGGAGGUGGAGUUUUACAAUCUACAUCUUCAGAUGAAAGAUAUGUUUGCAAAAAGCACCACUCUUGCCAAGCAAACCAAAGGCCAUGAAGAGCUUGAACCAGAGACACCACUGCCACUGAGUUCCAGUUCUGUGUCCAUGGUUGCCUUGAUGCUGUGGGCUACAUUUGUCGAGGACAUAGAUCAAUCUCUCGACACACCUAUGGAGGAUUCCAGGAAAUCUUCCCAACUUGCUCUUCUGGAGUGA